AUCCCUUCAGUGAGCUCCACCUAUAACGAGGACGGCAUUCGGGCUGACAGAGCCGCGCAGGACGCAACAACUCGCGCGGCAUGCCCCUCUGCGGCCCCCGUUGCAACCCGUCACUCCGAGCUGAACAGUGGAACGGCUCUUGUGCCGAGAGCACGAAAGGCUAGCAGUCUUUUCAGCGCCCCUCCAUCAGUCAUAGCGUCGAUCAGACUUCGCGCCUCGCGUGGUGCUGCCCCUCGCGUCGCGUGGAGCGGCGCGAUGGAGAGCGAUGCGUGCCUCGAGAAGUUCGUCAUCUACGAGACGCAAGCGCGCUUCUACAUCGUGGGCCGGGGCAAGAACAAGGACCAGAAGCGCAUUCUCAAGAUCGACCGAUCUGAGCCGUCGGAGCUGGUGCUGGUGGAGGAUCCGACGGUGUACAGCGACCGCCAGUGCUCCGCUCUGCUGCAGCAGCUGGCCGAGGGCAACCGCAGCUCGGGGGGCCUCCGCCUCGUGACCAAGGCCUAUGGCAUCGUUGGCUGCAUCCGCUUCCUCGAGCCAUGGUACCUGAUUCUGGUGCGGCGGCGGCGGCAGGUGGGCAGCAUGCGGGGGCAUGCGGUGUGGCGCAUCGAGGAGAGCCAAGUGCUCACCGUGCCGCACGCCGCUGUGCAGACCGACGUGGCCAAAAGCAACAUGGAGCAGCGGUACAAGAGGCUCCUCUCAGGCGUCGAUCUCACAAGAGACUUCUUCUACUCGCACUCCUACCCCAUCAUGCGCUCGCUACAAGACAACGUCUGCCGUACCGUUACAGGGUGCACUGAGUGCCCCACCGGCAGCACAGGGUUCCCUGCAGUCAUGGCGCACGAGCCAAGGCUGCACGGCCACAUGGCGCACGAGCACAUGUUUGUGUGGAACGCGUUUCUCACUCGCCCCAUCCGCCACGCCCUCAGCACCAGCCGCUGGACGCUCGCCCUCUCGCACGGCUUCUUCCACCAGGAGCGCAUGUCCAUCUUCGGCCGAGUCAUCUCCCUGGUUUUAAUAGCCCGGCGCUCUCGCCACUUCGCGGGAACGCGGUACCUGAAGCGCGGGGUGAACGACCGGGGGCGGGUGGCAAACGAGGUGGAGGUGGAGCAGGUGCUUUUAGACCACUGCCACGAACCCGUCUUGCCUCGCGAAGCCAGGGUCUUACCCGUCGGGCACCACGAGGCAGCUCUGCCUGUUGAGACUGUGCCACCCCGUGAGACAGCUCUGCCCCGUGGACUCAUGCUACACCCUGCAUCGACUUCCAUACCUGCCCCGCCCUCUCACUUGCCUCAACACCACCAGGCAUUUCACCAUCCCCACGCCUCGCACCAGAACCAGCAGCACCACCACCAUCAGUACAGGCACCAGCAGGCUGACAUCUCGCCCCCACCUUCCCCCGCCUCCUCCUCCCCCUUCCUCUUCGUCCAGCCUGUCCCUCCUCCCUCUGCCGCCACUUCCGCCCACGCUACUCCCAUCAGUCCCAAGAACCACCUUUCCCAGGUACUGCCUACACCAGGGGUUGGAUCGGCAGGGGCAGCGACGGCAGCAGCAGCAGCAGUGGCGGUGGCAGCAGUGGGGGCGGCUUCUGCCGCGGCGCUCCCAGCGAUGGCGAGUGUGGUGCAGGUGCGGGGGUCCAUCCCACUCUUCUGGUCGCAGGAAGCAUCACGACUCAGCCCCAAGCCCGACAUAGUGUUGCACCGCUAUGACCCCAUGUACGCGGCGUCUCGGCUGCACUUUGAGAAUCUCAUGGAGCGGUACGGGCGGCCAGUCAUCAUCCUUAACCUCAUCAAGACCGUUGAGAAGCACCCUCGGGAAAUGAUUCUGAGGAGGGAGUUCGCCACGGCAGUGACUUACCUCAACCGCGUGCUGCCUCCCCAGUCCGCCCUCACCUACAUCCAUUGGGACUUCUCACGAUACGCCAAGAGUGCGAAUGCAGCCGCCACAACAGCGGGGGUCGCCACUGCUGCUGCCGGCGCACUCAACACUCUGACUAGCACGCCCAACACACUUAACAGUUUCACCAGCACUCCCACCACGCUCUACAGCGUCACCAGUGCUGGCAGCACCCCUUCCUCCUUCCCCUCCUCGGCCCUCAUCCCCCCCUCCUCCCCCUCCGCCUCCUCCUUCUCACUCUCUCCUCCUCCACUUUCUCCCCGUGUCACUGACACUCGGAGGAGCAGUGGCAGCAGCAACAACAUCGCUGAAAGCAGCAGCGGCGGCACAAGAGGGGGCAGCAGCAGCAGUAGCAGCAGCGGCAGCAGCAGUAAAGGCAGUGUGGCAGAGGGGGUGUUGGGUGCACUGGCGGCCAUUGCAAGGGAGUGUCUCGACAAGACAGGCUUCUUCUACUCAGGCCAACUUGCCAGAGCCGCCACCAAGACAUGCUUCUCUUCUCGCUCCGCUGCCGCUCCUGCGGCUGGUGCUGCACCACCCCCCAUGACCGACCUCUCACACGUUGAUCCUCACGCCUCCACUGCUGCGCACUCCCACACACUGCGGCAGCAGCAACAACACCCGCAGCAGCAGCAGCAGCAGUGGGAGGAGGGCAGGAGGGCUGGAGCCAGGGUAGAGCAAGGACAGGUUGGAGAUGAGGGUAGAAGCAAAGGCGGAGAAGCAGCCAGCAGCAAGGGUGGAAGAGAGGACACAGGCCCAGCAGACUCAGGGCGGUGGGUGCGGCAGCCGCAGCUGCAGCAGGGGGUGGUGCGAACCAACUGCUUGGACUGCCUGGAUCGCACCAACGUGGCCCAGUAUGUGCUGGGGAGAGAGGCUCUGGCGCAGCAGCUGUGUGCGCUGGGGGUGACAGAUUCGCCGCACCUGGACAGCAAGAGCGACGUGGGGCGGCGGCUGCAGGCGAUGUAUAUAGCCAUGGGGGAUGCUUUGGCACUGCAGUACGGGGGGUCGGCGGCGCAUAACCUGGUGAUUGUGGAUAAGCCCGACACGUGGCGCACCACGCUGCACUCGCAGGAGCUGUUCAAGUCGCUGCACCGAUAUUAUAGUAAUGCGAUUACGGAUGCUGACAAGCAAGAUGCCAUCAACCUCUUCCUGGGUCACUUCCAACCGUCCAAGGGGCAGCCGGCCAUCUGGGACCUGGACUCGGACCACCACCUGCAUGGGGGCACGGGGAGAGGCGUGGAGCUGGGGGAGAGGGGAGGGGUGGGCGUGAGGACAGGGCUAGGAGGACGAGGAGUGAUGGAAGGUGGCAUGAUGCGGGGUGGGGCGAUAGGAGCAGCAGGGAUGACUCCUACGUCCUCGGAGUCGCCCAGCUUGGCGUCUCUCCCUGAUGUGUCGGAUGCCCCUCCCAUUGACCUGAGGCUUCUCCCUUCAGACAUACCCCUCUGGCUCCCCUCCCCUCCUCCCCCUCCCCAAUCCCCUCCUCCCCCUGCUCGCCCUCCCUCCUCCCGCCCCUCUCCCCCACCAUCCUCCCUCAAGCUCACCUCCUUCGAUCGCCUGCUGGGGGAGGGGGCAGCCGCCGCAGGGGGGGUCACAGCAGUGCGAGUAUACCCUGAACACAGCAGGGGGGGUGGAAGUCAGGGUGUUGGUGUGGGGAGGGAGGGGAGCGAAAGGGGUGUGCAGGAAGGGAGAGGUGUGCAGAGCGGUGUGGGGGGGCGUGGUGGUAGGGGUGUGGGUGGUUGGAGAGGCGGGGAGGUGUUUCGGGCGGAGGAUUGGGUUCGGGAGUUGCAGGAGUGUGGGUAUGUCUUUCUGCACACACUCACUCCUUCAGGAGCCACCAGUGCUGCUGCGUUGGGUUCUGCUGCUGCUGCUGCUGCUGCUGAUACUGGUGGUGCCAGCAGCAGCAUGGGAGGUUUCAGGGCCGCUUACCCGGCAUUGAGGACUGAUGGAGGGGAGGAGAGUGCGUUGGACCUGGGGCAUGCGUGCUUGGAUGGCACUUCGUGGGAGUUCUACCGCAGCUACCUGGCAUCAGUACCCUCCCUCAUCCCAGGCAACACCCUUGCUUCAGUGAGAGGCGAGGGCCGACAGGCAGGCAGGAGAAUGGGCAUGGAGGGAGCAUGGCCGCUGGAGCUGCAGGGUUCUGGUGCACUCAACACCUUGACAGAUUCUGCAGCAGCAGCAGGAUUCGGGGAGGGGCCGGGGUUGGAUGUGAUGCUGGGGGGGUGGGCGGUGGCACAGGCAGCAGUGGAGGAUGCACGGAGAGCAGAGGAGGCGGAGGAGGUGGUCAAGAGGGAGGCGGAGCUGUUUGGAGGUGACUAUGGCGUGAAUGUGCCUCAUGUGGUGCCUUCAGUGGUGUGCGCUGGACUCAUGGAUGGGUGGGUGGCCCAGGGUCAGGCUGAUAUGAGGGCACCCUUGCAACCAUUGCCUUUAUAGCACCGCUUUACAGAAUGUGAUGUGUACAGGAAACUUGUAUGUGUGUACCAUAUGCAACACAACAGCGUAUUGUUUCUGGAGCCCUCAGAAGUGUAUGCUGGACUCAUGGAUGGAUGGGUGGCUCAGUGUUAGGCAGAAAAAUAUUAUCAAACACAUUUAGAAGUUACCGGUACUUAUAUUCAAAGCUCGUCUCCUAUACGCCGCCACCCCUCAUGGCUUACAC